AUGGCGGACACUCAGGAAUCCAAGCCUUUGACAUUGACCGUUCUCGGUUCAGGAACAAUGGGCAUAGCAAUCAUGGGUGGCGUAAUGUCCUCCCUCGCCUCCGCCCGCACUAAAGCCACCAUCGACCCCUCGUCUGCCCCAAAAGACGUCCCCAACCUCUCCAACUUCAUCGCCUGCGACCAAUGGGCCCCCGCCGAACAAAACGUCCGCAAAGCCCUCGGCCAUUACAACUUCCCCCUGCAAACCCUCACAAACGAGAAUCUCAAGGGCGUCCAACAAGCAGACAUCGUCCUGCUAAGCUGCAAGCCUCACGGCUUCAAGACGAUUCUCGGUGAGGAAGGCAUGAGGGAUGCGCUCAAGGGUAAAGUCCUGGUCAGCAUAUUGGCAGGCGUCACCCGCGAACAAAUCGAAGCCUUCCUCUACCCGGAUGGCCCUGAAAAAGCGGAAAACGCAUGCAGAGUCGUCCGCGUAAUGCCCAACACGGCAUCCUUCGUCGGCGAAUCCAUGUCUGUGAUUCAGACUUCUGAUCCGCCGCUUAGCGAUGCACAGGCUAAGCUUGUGGAAUUCGUAUUUAGCUCCAUUGGUCGCGUUACUACGCUGCCACCUGCAAACAUGGAUGUUGCAACUGCGCUAUGUGGGUCUGGACCUGCUUUCUUUGCGUUGAUGCUUGAGGCGGCGGCGGAUGGUGCCGUGGCUAUGGGGUUGCCGAGAGCGGAAGCACAGAUGAUGGCGGCACAGACUAUGAGGGGAACCACGGGUUUGGUGCUGAACGGUGAGCAUCCAGCUGUGCUCAAGGAUAAGGUAUCGACGCCAGGCGGCUGCACGAUCGGCGGUCUGAUGUCGCUCGAGGAAGACGGUGUCAGAGGCUCUGUUGCAAAGGCCAUCCGGGAAGCCACUGUCGUAGCAUCAAGACUGGGUGGUGAGCAAAAGGAAUUUGUAAACCACAGGCGGUAA